CGUCCGGCACAUGACAAUGGUGGUGGCGGCGGCGGCGGCGGCGGGCUUUCGGGCGCUCGCGUGGACAAGGGGCGACUACCGCAUCUCGACCGACGCGUCGCUCAUCCCCGUCGCAGACGUGCGGCGCUUCUUCGCCUCACCCGACUUCUACUGGGCCGAGCCGCUGCCCGACCACGUCAUGCGGGAGACGCUCGACAACUCGCUGUGCUUUGGGCUCCAUCGCGACACACAGGAGGGCGGCGGCGAGGGGACAUGCGUCGGCAUCGCGCGCUGCGUCACCGACUUCACCACGUUCCUGUACCUGACCGACGUAUGGGUCGAGCCGGGCUUGCAGGGCCAGGGGCUCGGCGGCUGGCUCGUCGACUGCGUGCAAGAGGUGGUCGAGUCGAUGCCGCACCUGCGGAGGAGCAUGCUCUUGACGAGCAACUGGGAAAAGUCGGUGCCGUUUUACAGGCGGCGGAUGGGCAUGGAGGUGAUGGAGUGCCGCGAGGGGAGGGGGGCCGCCGUCAUGGUCCGCGACGGGCGUGGCCACCCGAGCAACCUGGCAGAGGCAGGGAAGCGUCUGGUGCCUGGCAGCAAGACGAUAGACUAGACGAGGGCAGACACUGUAGAGCGCUG